CUGUCUCCUGACCCACACGCAGCCGAGGGGGCUAGUACCUCGUCGUCAUCUGCCAGGCCCGUAAUCUGCCCAUGGGCCCCCGUACCGCCUCCUCAUGCUGCUGCCAGGUCCGUAAUCUGUCAUGGGCCCCCUGUACCGCCUCCUCAUGCUGCUGCCAGGUCCAGAGUGUCUCAUGGGUCCCCAUACGGCCUCCCAUUGCUGCUGUCUCCAUCGCCACACUCUGCCAUGUGCCACUUUCAGGGUCUCCUCACACUGCUGGUGGGUUCCAUUUUGUCAUAGGGUGCUGGCAGAUUACGGGCCUCCCAUUGGCCCGUAAUGCUGCCCUGUACCGUCCUCACUGCUGCCAGGCCCGUAAUCUGUCAUGAGGGCUUAGCUGUCCCUGUACCCGCCUCCUCAUCAUGCUGGCUGCCAGGCCCAGUAAUCUGUCAUGGGUCCCUGUACGGCUCCCAU